UGGAAGAUCAAAACAACUGCAUAUCGAAUGAGACGGCGAUUUCAAUAUUAAAUGUCAAGCUUGUCACUUAAAAAAUCGACAAUGGCUGCUAAGGGAAACAGGAAGUUUUCUCCACGAUACAGGAGACCGAAGGAAGCAGAUGAAGCUGAGAGCUGGAGGAGCCCGUUGGGACAGGACAGUGUGAACCAUGAACGCAGUUACAGUCCUAAAACAAAGCGGGGUCACAACAGAAGAGCCAAAGCCUCGCAGUCAUGCGGCUCUCCUGAGGGACGAGCGUUUGGACAAAGUCCUUCUCACAAGGACCGAAUCCAGAAGGGUUCACCUGCUGACCGGAGGAACUGGAGAGAACGACAGCGAGAUGGACAGAAACAUGACAGGCUUGACAGCAUGCAGAGCUGGAGGGAGAAUAGCAGAAUUGUCUCGAUUGAAAGCUGCCUCACUAGACGGGACGUUUUACAGCUGUGCUUGGAAGCAGAAGGCAGUGACUGUGACCCUAAAGAGUCAAGCAUCUGUCUGAAGUUCAGAUGUGAGAAAUGUAAGGUGUACUGUGAAGACAUGUCACCAGCGAUCAAUCACAUCAGAGAAAGAGCCCACAGGAAGAAAGCCAAGGAACUGCAGAAGCUGACGCUGCUGUUGAACAUCCCACCUCCUGGAAAACCCCAGUGUCAUUCAAUCAGCUUGGCUCUGGAAAGUGUGAUCGCUGAGUUCAGUUUAAACGAUCAGGAUUUGAAACAACGGCAAAACGUCCUCACUCUCGUUGAGAAAGUCCUACAGCCUGUCCUUCCAGGUUGCCAGUUCAGAUUAUAUGGAUCUUCCUGCACCAAAUUUGGCUUCAAAGACUCUGAUGUAAACAUUGAUGUAAAGUUUCCAUCCCAUUUCCAGCAUCCUGAUGUUCUGCUCGUGGCUCAAGAGCAUCUCUCUAAAAGUGCUCUUUUUGUCAGCGUCGAGGGUGACUUCUAUAGGAGGAUGCCUGUAGUUGUGUGCAAAGAGAAAUCUAGUGGUCUGAUCUGCAAAGUCAGUGCAGGCAAUGAAAGUGCAUGCUUGACAACAGCAUAUUUGGCUGAGCUGGCGAAUCUAGAGCCACAACUUACUCCGCUGGUCGUAUGCUUUAGAUACUGGGCUAAGGUUUGUUGUGUGGACCAGAUGGAAGAAGGUGGACUUCCAUCCUACUGCUUUGCCCUCAUGGUCAUCAGCUUCCUGCAGCGAUGCAAAGAACCCAUCUUACCUUCAUACCUAGAAUCUGUGGGUUUGCCCAUGAGUAAACUGAAGAGUUUCUCCUUAAUUGGAGUUGAGAAAGGACAUGUGCUUUGGGUCUAUGAUCAAACCUCAAAUGAUUCCUCUCAAGAUAAAGACAAAGCUGUCAAGAAGGGAAAGUGUCCACUGGUUUUCAAAGGCCGUAGCCCUCCUGUAUUGCUAGGGAAGCUUUGGGUCGAGUUACUACGAUAUUAUUCACUGGAAUUUCAAAUACCUGAGAAAGUCAUUAGCGUGUGCACAAACAGUGACCUGUGGCGUGAUCUGAAAGACUGGCCCAAAAAGAGGAUUGCAAUAGAAGAUCCUUUCGCCGUCCAGAGGAACGUGGCUCGGACGUUGAAUAGUCAGAUGAUGUUUGACUAUAUGUUGCAUUGCCUCAAAACAACUUACAAGUAUUUUGCUUCUCCUUCAAAAAGCACAGCAGGGAAAGCCAGCUCAAACAGUCAAACUGACAAAUCUGUGAAUGCUGUGAAUCACAUUGAUUCAGUGAAGAGAAGCACAAAAGUGCCAGCUGAGGAUUUGGAAAGAUCUCAUGCGAGAUCCAGUCUGCAUAGUGCAGAAGAUCUGGAGGACUCGGACUGCAUGAUUGAGCUGGAGCAGGAUGAGGAGGAAGAAGCUGACUCUGACAUGGAGACUGAGGGUGAAGAUGACGAUGAUGACAUAGAGCUCGAUGGAUCUGGAUGUGAUCAUUCUGGCGACGAGAUCUUCCCGUUUGAGCGGGAAAUGAGUGAUGAUGUAGGGUCUGAUGUGGCUGACCCAGAGGAAGCAGCGUCUAUCCCAGCCAAACCCAAAGCUGAGUUUACCAAAUCUGAAUCUCCCUCCUUUCAGUAUGUCUUCAGCAAGCGCUUUUUCAGUAAUGGCAAGUCCCCUAUUCUGAUAUGCAGCCUUUGUAAGAGUGAUGGACAUUUGAAACAGGACUGUCCCGAGGACUUCAAACGAGUGGAGCUGGAACCCCUUCCACACAUGACUCUAGAUUUCGUCAAACUCCUUAAUGAUGUCUGUGAGCAAUGCUACUCCAAGUUGGUUUUGUUUGGUUCAUCCAAAAAUGGGUUUGGCUUUAAACAGAGUGACUUGGACAUCUGUAUGACUCUAGAAGGCCAGGACACAGCAGAGGGUUUGGACUCCAUGGCUGUUAUAGAGAGUUUGACUAAAGCACUGCGAAAACACCAUGCCCUGAGAAACAUCCUACCUAUUACUACUGCAAAAGUUCCAAUUGUGAAGUUUUACCACACCAAAACUGGACUAGAGGGAGAUAUAAGCUUGUACAAUACACUGGCUUUGCACAACACUGAGUUACUGGCAUCAUAUGCUGCAAUUGACAUUCGGGUGAAGAUCCUCUGCUACGUCAUGAAAGUGUUCGCAAAAGUGUGUGAUAUUGGCGAUGCGUCACGUGGGAGUCUGUCUUCAUAUGCUUACACUCUAAUGGUGCUGUACUUCCUUCAACAAAGAAGCCCGCCUGUUAUCCAUAUACAAGAGAUGUAUGUUGGGGAAAAGAAACCAGUAGUCCUUGUUGAUGGCUGGGAUGUACAUUUCUUUAAGGAUUUGAAGAACUUGCAUAAAUACUGGCCGGAGUACAAAAAGAACAAGGAGUCUGUGGGGCAGCUGUGGUUUGGACUGCUGCAGUUUUACACGGAGAUAUUUGACUUCAAGGAGACUGUCAUCUGCAUCCGCAAAAAAGAGCCUCUCACCACCUUCAAGAAGCAAUGGACCUCCAAACAUCUAGCCAUUGAGGAUCCUUUUGAUUUGAGUCAUAAUCUUGGAGCUGGUCUCUCACGGAGAAUGGCGAGUUUCAUCCUGAAGGCCUUCAUCAAUGCCCGCAGAGUUUUUGGCACCCCUGUCAGAGGCUUCCCACCAGAGUAUUCCAAUAAAAUGGAGUAUUUCUUUGACCCAGAGGUGCUGACAGAGGGCAAACUUGCACCCGAUGACCGCUGCUGCCGAAUUUGUGGGAAGAUUGGCCAUUUUAUGAAAGACUGUCCAAUGCGAAAGAGGCAAAGACGUGACACUGAUGGAUUGUUCAGUGGACGUGAUGUGAACAGACCUGACGGCAGAGGGAUGACGGAUGGCAGCACUUACACUGACAGACGGCGGCGGCAGAGGGAGGAGAAAUGCUGUUAUCUGUGCGGCUCCAGCGGUCACAUCAAGAAAGACUGCCUGCUGUCCAAAUCCAUAGAAUCCUCCCCAAACACAUACCAAAGAAGCUCUGCGUCAGACAGGGACAGACUAGACAGUCCUCAGCAGGACAGAAAAAAGAAGCGAAAAGCAAAGAGGAUGGUUUUGGAUUCUGAAGCAGGUGCAGCUCAAGAAAUCACAGGAAACAAGAUACAUCUUGACUCAUCCAUGUUGCCAGAUCGUACUAUGGGGAAAAAAAAAGCAAAUACGAACAAGGCCAUAAUAAACUCAAAUCAGAAAAAUGUAUCUUGGAAUAAGCCACAUACUAAAAUAUCGCAACCUGCACCUCCCUUCUUUAUUGAGCCCAAACAACAAGCCCAAUGAUGCUUAAAAAGCAUUGCUUGUAUUAAGUGGACAUGGCAACCCUUUGAGAGUCUGUUCUGCAAAGCAACCUUUCGA